AGAUUACUCGAAUCACCUUCAAGCGAUUUACUAUCAGGAAAAUUUUAUAACGCUUUAAAUCAGAAUGUUCAGGGUUUACGUAAAUACUUUAAGGAUUGUGAAUCAUUAAAUUCUGUGCCUAAUGGAAAUUUUCUUAAAAUCUAUUGUGCCCAGCUCGUAAAAUAUAUAAAAACAAAAUAUGAAAAUUCACAUGAACAAAAUAAUGAAUACGAUGAUUGCUCACUUUUAAACUAUUGGAUAUUCGGAAAAUUAAGUCGUGUUAUUCCUAAUAAUUCCAGCAUAUCUUCUAAUAAUAUAUGUGAUCCUAUCUUUGAAAUCUAUAAACAGGAUGAUUGGUAUGAAAGAAAGGAAUUUUACGAUUAUUGUGUCGAUUACAAAACACUUUUAGAUACUGCUAAUUCUUAUGAUAGUAGUUGCGAGGUAUAUUAUAAGUACAUUGAAAGUAAAAUUCCAAUAUAUGAACAUAUUAAGAAACUCUGUACAUCAGAAAAUGCGGAAAAGUGUCCGAAUUUUUAUGCACAAUUCAAGGAUUACGAUCCCAAAUUGUUGCUAUCUAAUCUAAAAUGUCAUAAGACAAUGCUAGAAAAAGAGCCAGCUCUGGAAAAUGUUAUGGCCACACAGGCUAUUGUAACAUCUCUUAAAUAA